GGAAGUCCCCUCGGAGUCACCUGACCGUACAGUGGGCUAGAAAUGGCGUCUUAUUUAGUCGCGGGAGAGCGGCUGGUGCGUGCUGUGGCCCCAGGUGGGGAGCUGGAGCGAGAGCAGUUGCCCCGGAAGCUGCGAGCAGAUCUUGAGGCCGCUUUGGAGAAGAAGCACAAGGGCGGUGAUCGCCCCAGUGGUCCCGCACACCUGGUUUCCUUCCGCCUGAUUCGGGAUCUGCACCAGUACCUGAGAGAAAGGGAUUCCAAACUGUACCUUCACGCGCUCUUAGAAGGCAGUGAAAUCUAUCUCCCAGAGGUGGUGAAGCCUCCUAGGAACCCAGAGCUAGUUGCCCGUCUGGAGAAAAUUAAGAUACAGUUGGCCAAUGAGGAAUAUAAGCAGAUCACCCGCAAUGUAACCUGUCAGGAUUUAAGACAUGGUGGGAUUCUGAGUGACCUGGGCAAGGAAGUGAGGUCAGUGAAGGCUCUGGUCAUCACCAUCUUCAACUUCAUUGUCACGGUGGCAGCUGCCUUCGUCUGCACUUACCUUGGAAGCCAGUAUGUCUUCACAGAAAUGGCCUCGCGGGUACUGGCUGCAUUGAUCGUUGCCUCUGUGGUGGGCCUGGCCGAGCUGUACGUCAUGGUGCGGGUGAUGGAAGGCGAGUUGGGAGAGAUAUAACUGGUACUUCAUCAUCAAAGUCUGGAGACGGUUUGGAGGGGCUCCAGGCUCCCAGCUGGCCAUCACUGAGUCUUGGUGAACCCAUCAGGUUCCUUGCACUUGACUCUGGAUAGUCAGGGUCAACCACAGGCUACCUACUGUUUCUGUGGGGAGCCCCAUUAUCUGUCAAUUGCCAGAGGGGGGCAGUAGAGGAGACUCAGCCAACAACUGCAAAGAACUGGUCUGUCAGUACCUCCUCCUGGUCUCCCCUCUCCAGUCCAUUCGGGGCACUGCUGGCACUGGGGUUUUCCAUCCAGAGUAAAUAGAACACAGGCCUUCCCAGCAGCAGAUCAUACUGCCUGAAGUUGCCCACGUGCACAAAUCAGUCAUCAUCCUUGCUCCACACGUCCUUGAUGCUGACCUACAACUUAGCUCUGAAACUUCCAAGAAAACAAAAAGGAUUUCCUUUCUCCAGGUUAUGCUGGAAGAAGUACUGAUCAGAGGACACCAAAUAAAAGAAAGAUGGGUACAGGAUGGUGGGAUUGGAAGUAAGGCAGCUACCUUUUUGCAAUCUUAGUUUCUAUCUUCAUCCUCUUCCUUCCGCUUGCCUUUUUCAGGUUUUCUAUGUGCUUCUACCUGUCUCUACCAUCCACCAGCCCUCCCUAAACUUCCCACCUUGUUUCCUUUGCUCUGCCUCCCAAAAUGAAAACAAUCUUGGCCCUAGCUGAUGUGGUUCAGUGGAUUGAGUGCCAGCCUGUAAACCAAAGGGUCACCAGUUCAAUUCCCAGUCAGGGCACAUUCCUGGGUUGCAGGCCAGGUCCCUGGUUACGGGUGUGUUAGAGGCAUGCAACCAAUUGAUAUUUCUCUCCUCCCGCCUCCCUUUUUCUCUCCCUUCCCCCUUCUCUAAAAAUAAAUAAAAUCUCUAAGAAAAAAACAAUUUAGAUGGCAAAACAGUGUAUCUGCUUGUAAUUGCAAAAUCCCUUGUAUUUGUAUUUGUAGGGAGAGUGCACCUACUGUGGAUUGUCUCAACUAGUAAAGGGAGGGACAGGGACAAUUUUCAGACUAACUGUAUGUAUGAAUAUGAAUAAACAUGCACAUGAAUAUGUAUACAUUUUUAUACAUGAGCCUAACUAUAGGAUGUUUAAUAUGGGUUCAUAAACAUGUUUGGGUAAGUUUGAAAAACAAUAUGUAAAUGCUCACAGUUGAGUCAUUGUUUUGUGUGGUUGCUUUUGGUCUUUCCAACAACCCUAGGGUUUGGAAAAGGAAGCGUCUUUGACCCCUUUUCCAGAAGACAGAACUGAGGCAGAGAGAGAGAUCAAAUAGCCCGCUGUGGUCCUCCCUCUGUUAAAUGGAGCCAAAGACUCCUGGGUGGUCCUGAAGUCUCUGUGUGAUGUUAAAUUUCUAGAACUUAGAUUGGUGGUGUGAUGACAGAAUCUGCAUAAGGCACUUAGAAAACCAUGUCAGCAUCAGUUAUUUAUCCAAUAAAUAUUUGUUGUAUU